CCUAGCCCAAUUAAUACACUAAAUCCCUUUCAUCGUCCAAUUUAAAUAGAAAGCCCUAAUUUUUGGUUCUCUCUCUUGUUUAACGAAGAAGACAACUAAAGCCGCCGCCGCCGGAGGAGAGUAGCAGCAGAAUCGCCGGAAGCCAUGGUGAAGUAUUCAAGGGAACCCGAUAAUCCUACCAAAUCUUGCAAAUCUAGGGGUUCAAGUCUCAGAGUUCAUUUCAAGAAUACACGUGAGACAGCUCAUGCACUUAGGAAGAUGCCGUUGGACAAGGCCAAGAAAUAUCUUGAGGAUGUUCUUGCCCACAAACAAGCCAUUCCCUUCACACGCUUUUGUCGUGGUGUUGGUCGCACUGCUCAGGUAAAGGAUCGCCAUUCAAAUGGUCAAGGACGUUGGCCUGUCAAAUCUGCAGGGUUUAUUCUUGAUUUACUCAAAAAUGCUGAGAGCAAUGCUGAGGUUAAAGGCUUGGACGUUGAUUCACUUUUCAUAUCUCACAUUCAAGUAAAUCAAGCACAAAAACAGAGGCGCCGCACGUACCGUGCACAUGGAAGAAUUAACCCCUAUAUGUCUCACCCUUGCCAUAUUGAGUUGAUAUUGUCUGAGAAGGAAGAGUCCGUCAAGAAGGAGCCGGAGACUCAGUUGGCCUCUAGAAAGACAAAGGCGUGAUCAAUGAAUCCUGGAAAGCUGAAGGUGUUAAGUUUUCAUCUCUUUGUAGUAUUAUGUUCUGAAACAAUUUCAGUGACGGUUUCUCCAAAAAUUUGUGCUGCUGUUUUGCGUAUUCUUACUAGAGUUGUAUGUUUACCUUAUUUUAUAUCUUGCUGGAAAUUUCUCCCCGGAUCA